AUGGCGCGUGCAGAGGGCAGCAGGGCGCACGGGGCGCACAGGGCAGCAGGGCGCGCGGGGCGCACAGGGCUGCAGGGCGCACGGGGCGCACAGGGCAGCAGGGCAGCAGGGCGCACGGGGCGCACAGGGCAGCAGGGCGCGCGGGGCGCAGCAGGGCUGGCGGGUUGGCCACACCCGCCACCCCCAUACCCUCCCCCACUGCUGCACCCGCAGCAGAGAGAUGGGGGGGGGGGGGGGGGCGGGGGGGGCAGGCAGGUGCUGCAGGUCCCCUCCCCCCACUGCCGCAUCCGCUCCAGGGGGAUGGCAGAUCCCCUCCCCCCCACUGCUGCACCCGCAGCAGGGGGAGGGAGAGGAGAAAAGGGCGGAGAGGAGGGGGGGGGGGGGCUGGUGCCGCAGAUCCCCUCCCCCCCCACUGCUGCACCCGCAGCAGGGGGGAGGAGAAAGGUGGGGGACCUGGUGCUGCAGAUCCCCUCCUGCCUCCCCCUGCUCCAGGGGCCAGGGGCCAGGGGCGGCUGCUGA